CCCUCCUCGCCGGCGACCGCCAGGCGGGUGCCUCGCAGCGGCGGCGCUGACAUGGCUGCGCUGGUGGAGCCGCUGGGGCUGGAGCGGGACGUGUCCCGGGCGGUGGAGCUCCUCGAGCGGCUCCAGCGCAGCGGGGAGCUGCCCCCGCAGAAGUUGCAGGCCCUCCAGCGAGUCCUGCAGAGCCGCUUCUGCUCUGCCAUCCGGGAGGUGUAUGAGCAACUCUAUGACACGCUGGACAUCACCGGCAGUGCUGAGAUCCGGGCCCACGCCACAGCCAAGGCCACGGUGGCCGCCUUCACAGCCAGUGAGGGCCACGCCCAUCCCAGGGUAGUGGAACUGCCCAAGACGGAUGAGGGCCUGGGCUUCAACAUCAUGGGGGGCAAGGAGCAGAAUUCGCCCAUCUACAUCUCCCGUGUCAUCCCUGGAGGUGUGGCUGACCGCCACGGAGGCCUCAAGCGUGGGGACCAGCUGCUGUCAGUGAAUGGUGUGAGCGUUGAGGGUGAGCAGCACGAGAAGGCAGUGGAGUUGCUGAAGGCUGCCCAGGGCUCGGUGAAGCUGGUGGUGCGCUAUACACCUCGAGUGCUGGAGGAGAUGGAGGCCCGCUUUGAGAAGAUGCGCUCUGCCCGGCGGCGCCAGCAACAUCAGAGCUACUCGUCCUUGGAGUCUCGAGGCUGAAACCACAGAUCUGGACCCUCACCCCCUCCCCUGUACAGUAUUUAUUGUCACCAGCUCCUUAUUUAAAGAUCUUUGACCCUCA